CCAGCCCUGGACGCCGUGCCUGGGCCCUGUGCUCCCAGCAGCCAGGCCAGCAUGCAGCAGCAGCCCUCACCCGGGCCCUUGGCCCCUGCAGCCGAGCCAACCAAGCCUCCCUACAGCUACAUAGCCCUGAUUGCCAUGGCCAUCCAGAGCUCACCAGGACAGCGAGCCACACUCAGUGGCAUCUACCGCUACAUCAUGGGCCGUUUUGCCUUCUACCGCCACAACCGGCCUGGCUGGCAGAACAGCAUCCGCCACAACCUGUCACUCAACGAGUGCUUUGUCAAGGUGCCUCGCGAUGACCGCAAGCCAGGCAAAGGCAGCUACUGGACGCUGGACCCCGACUGCCACGACAUGUUUGAGCAUGGCAGCUUCCUACGCCGCCGCCGCCGCUUCACCCGGCGGACAGGUGCGGAGGGCACCAAGGGCCCUGCGAAAACACGCCGCGGACCCCUCAAAGCAUCCAGCCAGGACCCCAGAGUCCCUAACACCGCAACUGCCGGGCAGUGCCCAUUCCCACCAGAACUGCCAGACUCCAAGGGCCUAAGCUUUGGGGGUUUGGUGGGCACCCUGCCAUCUAGCAUGUGCCCAGCAACCACUGAUGCCAGGUCUCAGCCGCCUGCAGAACCCAAAGAGAUUUCCACACCCAAGCCUGCAGGCCCAGGAGAACUCCCCUUGGCCACCUCAUCGUCCCCAUGCCCGGCAUUUGGCUUUCCUGCUGGAUUCUCUGAGCCUGAGGGUUUUAGCAAGGCCCCUACGCCUGUCCUGACCCCUGAAGCAGGCAUCGGGAGCAGCUACCAGUGCCGGCUGCAGGCGCUGAAUUUCUGCAUGGGCGCUGACCCAGGCCUUGAGCACCUCUUGGCCUCGGCAGCCCCCUCUCCUGCACCACCCACCCCUCCAGCCUCACUCCGGGCCCCGCUGCCCCUGCCAGCUGACCCCAAGGAACCCUGGGUGGCAGGUGGCUUCCCUGUCCAGGGAGGCUCCAGCUACCCACUGGGGCUGACCCCCUGCCUAUACCGGACGCCAGGAAUGUUCUUCUUUGAGUGAAGGCAGCCUUGCUUCGGGCAGUACCUGACAGGACCCCUGCCAAAUGCACCCUCCAGGCUGAGCCCGGCUCUAGGACCGGGAGAGCUCUAGAAGGAUCCAGCCCUGGCAAGCCAAGGACAACCAGGACAGGAAGCCAGGAUCGAA